AUGCCGGAAUGCCCGGACCGCGGGGCCAAGGCGGCCCCCAUCCAUCAUAAAAUCUCCUUCUCCAUCUUAGACAUCCUGGAUCCCCAGAAAUUCAGCAGAAGACGUGAACCGGCCUCGGGGAGCUGGGGAAGCGCCCCCCGCUCGGGCGAGGGGGAGAAAAGUUUGGGAAGAGUUGAAGUAGGAAAGGACGCUGCUGCUCCCGGCAGCGGGAGGAAUAAACUAGAGGCACAUGGUAGGAACGCGCUCGAGUUUCUCCGGCCGGCGCUGGCGGGGCGCGCAGGUGGAGGCGCCGGCAGACGGGGACCCUCGGCCCCUCGCCCGGCGGGACGCGCUCCCCGCUCUGGGUCCCGCAGGAGCGGGAGAAGGGGGGGCUGGAACUGGAUUUUAAAUCUUGAUGAUGCAAAGGGAAAAAGUUCUCGGUAUCUCUGCUCGGCUCCCGGCGUGCGGAGCAUCCUCUGCCGCCCGAGGAGGAGGGCGCACAUCAGGGCGCGCCGCCGCUCCAUCCCGGCCGGGCGGGCCGCGGCUCUUACGGAGGCACCGCACGGGUCCCUUUCCACCAGCAAGGGCGGCCCCCGGGCGCUCCUGUCCCCGGAGCGGCAGCGGUCGGAUGCCCCGACCCGCGGGACGGCCGGCUGGCUUGCAGAUGCGCACGUCCCGGCGGAGAGCGGCGCCGAGGACGGGGGGCAGGAACGCGACGAGGAGGAGCCGAGCGGGGACGGGACCGGGACCGCGGGCCCGCCUGGGCCGGAGGAGGCGGGCUCGCCGCGGAGCGCCCGGCGGCGGCGAGCAGAGCCGGGCUGCGGGAAGCCGCGGAGGGCGCGCACCGCCUUCACCUACGAGCAGCUGGUGGCCCUGGAGAACAAGUUCCGAGCCACGCGGUACCUGUCGGUCUGCGAGCGCCUCAGCCUGGCGCUGUCCCUCAGCCUCACCGAGACGCAGGUGAAGAUCUGGUUCCAGAACCGCCGCACCAAGUGGAAGAAGCAGCACCCGGGCGCCGACGGGGCGGCCCCCGCAGCAUCACCCGCGGCGGCGGCGGGCGGUGGCAGCCCCAGCCCGCCGGGCCCCGCCGCUCUGCCCUUCCAGACUUUCCCUUCCUACGCCUCCGCCAACGUGCUGCUGCCGCCGGCCGCCCCCUUCCCGCUGAGCGCCGGCCCCUUCUCACCUUUCCUGGGCCCCGCGUACCUCGGCCCCUUCUACGCCCCGCACCUCUGA